UGCCAUCAAUCUUGGAGAAAACAAAGAGGCAGCGAGCGCACGGAGCGUUACGCACGGUUGGACACAACACUUCAUGCGCCUCGCGAACAUUUCAUAGCUUCUUCGGUGAGCUACUGGGGAGGGGGGGGCGGAAAGCACCUAGUCGAGAUGUUCCCACUGCCAAUGUUCACGCCGGACCAGGUCGCUCGGGUGUGCGAGAACUUGGAGGAGACCGGGGACAUCGAGCGCCUCGGCAGGUUCCUCUGGUCCCUGCCCGCGGCCGUCCCUGGCUCCGCGGGGGAGGCGCUCAACCGACACGAGUCCGUGAUGCGAGCGCGAGCGCUGGUCGCCUUCCACGGGGGAAACUUCGAGGGUCUUUACCAGAUCCUCCAGAGCCACCGGUUCACGCGCGAGUCGCACGCCAAGCUCCAGGACCUGUGGCUGGACGCGCACUACCGAGAGGCGGAGAGGCUGCGCGGGCGGCCGCUGGGCCCGGUGGAGAAGUACCGGAUCCGCAAGAAGUUCCCCCUGCCCCGCACCAUCUGGGACGGCGAGCAGAAGACCCAUUGCUUUAAGGAAAGGACUCGCAGUUUGUUGAGAGAGUGGUACCUUCAAGACCCGUACCCCAACCCGUCCAGGAAGCGCCACUUGGCCCAGGCCACGGGACUCACACCCACACAGGUCGGCAACUGGUUCAAGAACCGCCGCCAAAGAGACCGUGCUGCGUCCGCAAAGAACAGAAUGCAGCAGGAUUCCUCCCUCUUGCCCUCUGGGAGCUCCCCUAACGGCUCCCUCCAGGACCGCCGCCAUCACGGCCACUUGUUGCCUCCGUCUCCUCGCCACCUGGGCAGCCCGGAGGCCAGCGACUGUAGCACAGACGAGCGGCGAGGAACUGGGGCCUCCACCCCAGAGAUCUCCGUCAGCAGCGACAGCGAGUUCGAGUCUUGAGAGGGUCAAGACUCUCUUUUCCCUGCGGAGGGGCGAGAGCAGCAUCCAUC